ACGCUCGUCUCACCUGUCAAUCGAAAGCCAAGCCAAUGGGGGCAGCAGCCUGCGCCGCCGCCGUGCGCGCCCUGGGCGUAGCCGUGGCGGCCGCGCUCCUGGCGUGCCGGUGCGCGGCGCAGCCGUCGGGCUCCGGCUGCAUGCCGGAGCUGGUCGGCCUGUCGCCGUGCAUGGACUACCUGUCGGGCAACGCCACGACGCCCGACGCGCCGUCGUGCUGCUCAGCGCUGUCGAGCAUGCUGAGGUCGAGCCCGGGCUGCCUCUGCACGGUGCUCGGCGGCACGGCCGCGUCGCUCGGCGUCGCCGUCGACGGCGCCCGCGUGGCGCAGCUGCCCGGGGCGUGCAAGGUCCAGGCGCCUCCUGCCACCCAGUGCAACGCCGUGGGAGCUCCAGUGGCGUCUCCGGCGGCGCCGUCAGACGCCAACGCGACCCCUGCAGGGUCUGGAUCCAAGUCUACACCAGCAUCCACCCUUCCAUACUCUGACGGAAAUACCGGGAAGCCUGGAAGGAUCUUCGUCUUCGCAGCCGCAGCACUGGCGCUGCUCCAUCGUUUGUGAGAUGAAUCAGAUGAUGCGAAAGCUUCUUGUGUUCGUCUCCGACGACCGAAUCGUUUCACACGAGCAGCUUGUAAAGUUUGGGGUGUUUGUUGCUCCAGGAUUCAGAGGAGCAGCGCGUUUUUUACAUUGUUCGCUCGAGCAUUUUUUUUUUGUUUCAGUUAGCGAUUAGGCUGCGUGUUUUGGGGUCUCUCAGGGUCGAUGUCAUGAUGCGUUUGAUGCCUUGGAUUUUUCUCCCCCAAAUCUGAAAAAGCCGUAGUCAGGUUGACCGUUGGACUUGUGUGCAGCCGCCCACACCUGCUUCCACGAGAUUUGCAAAAGCUAAUAUACAACAAACUUGCCGGCCAAGUUGCUUUAGCUCGUGCUCUGCCUCAUCAUCCAGUGGAAGUAUAAGAACAGAGGCCACCGGUCUGUAGCUGCACUGGCACUGCUGCAUCGAGGCAUCUCAGAGCCCAAGAAAGCAGCUCGUCAAUGGAGGAAGCCAAGCCCACCAUGGCCAAGGCGCCCGUGGAGGUGACCCUCCGCCGCUUCGAGCUCUCCGACGUGGACGCCAUGAUGGCGUGGGCGUCGGACCCGCAGGUGGCCGCCUUCUGCCGGUGGGAGCCCUACGAGUCCAGGGAGGCCCUGCUGGCGUUCCUGCGCGACACCGUGCUCCCGCACCCGUGGUUCCGCGCCGUCUGCGCCCCCGGCUCCGGCGAGGUCGUCGGCGCGGUGUCCGUGGCGCCGACGGCGGAACGGUGCCGCGGGGAGCUCGGCUACGUGCUGGCGCGCGCGCACUGGGGCCGGGGCGUGGCGACGGCCGCCGUGAAGCGCACGGUGGCCGCGGUGUUCGGCGAGGUGCCGGGGCUGGAGCGCGUGGAGGCGCUGGUGGACGUGGCCAACCCGGCGUCUCAGCGCGUGCUGGAGAAGGCCGGGUUCACGCGGGAGGCCGUGCUCCGCAAGUACAUCGCCGUCAAGGGCGUCGUACGGGACACGGUCAUCUUCAGCUUCAUCAACACCGAUCCCGUGCCCGAGUGAAUCACUUGUUGCAAAUCUGUUGUCGAAUACUCCUGUAAUUUGGGACGUUCGUUGGAUGGAAAUAUCGACUGAAGGGACGACAAGAAUAAACCCAACCGUCUUAGGUUAGCAUCAUCAAUUGAUCUUACAUAGAUCCAUUGACGAGGAGCCGAUUGGAAUUCAGAUUGAUCCAGGGCGAGCUCGUUCAGGGCUGCCACGCCAAUCCGGAGGUUUCUCUACCUUGUCAUCGACGACCACCACCACGCCUACACCCUGCGCAAGAUCGACACGACGCCCUUCUUCGCGGCAGGGGUGUGCCCCCAGCAUGGCUCGCUGCGACCGGCGGCCAUGCGCCCCACCCCACUGCCACCCCCGGCGGCACGCUUCGAGUCGUCGCCCGGCGACGGCUUCACCCAGUUCCUCCCCCUCGGCCGCGGCGUCGAGCGGAUCGUCGGAAUCAACGACCG